UCGCCUUCUUCUUCCCCAUCUCCGCCCUCAGCCUGCCUUCAUCCUCUAUCCUUAUUGUAUUCUUAUCCUCCUCCCGCAAUGCCCGCAAACGGAACAGAACUGCCCAAGGCAAAGGACCUCUGGUACAAGCUCUCGCCUGAGGCCCUCUCCCGCCGUCCCUCCCCGCUCAAGACCGCGUUCAAGUAUGCGAUCGACCCCAAGAUCGUCUCCCUCGGCGGCGGUCUGCCCCUGCCCGCCUACUUCCCGUUCGAGUCCCUCUCGGCGACCGCGCCCGCGCCUCCCUUCCAGACCUACAACAACCCCGAGCUCGCGAAGGACGCGCCCAUGAUUUCGGUCUCGGUCGAUCGCUACAACCACGCCAACGACCCCGGCAUGAUCCCGCUCGCGACCGCGAUGCAGUACGGCCAGUCCGACGGCUGCAAGCCGCUUCUUGAGUGGAUCUACGAGCACACAGAGACCGUGCACCACCCGCCUUACUCGAACUGGGGCUGUCUUAUGACGGUCGGAAACACGCAGGGUCUCGAUGCCGCACUUCGGCUUUUGUGCUCGCGUGGGGACUCCAUCAUCGCCGAGGAGUACACGUUCUCGUCCGCGAUGGAGACUGCGCACGCCCAGGGCGUCAAGAGCGUGCCGGUUAAGGUCGAUCUCGAGGGAAUUCUUCCCAAGGAACUCGACGAGCAGCUUGCCAGCUGGGAGGGUCCUCUGCCCAAGUUCCUCUACACCAUCCCUACCGGCCAGAACCCCACCGGAGGUACUCUUUCGAACGAGCGCCGCAAGGCUGUCUACGAGGUGCUCCAGAAGUACGACAUCAUGAUUGUCGAGGACGAGCCCUAUUACUUCUUGCAGAUGGACCCGUACGUCCCCGGCGCGUCCAAGACCGCUCCUCCCCCUCCUCCGACGGCUCAGGAGGACCCUGAGAAGUACAGCAAGUUCCUUUCGAAGCUGAUCACGUCGUACCUCUCGCUCGACGUUGACGGACGUGUCCUGCGGCUGGACUCGUUCUCCAAGGUGAUGGCGCCCGGAACCCGACUUGGCUGGAUUGUCGCGCAGGCGCCGUUGAUUGAGCGAUUGACGCGCCAGAACGAGGUCUCGAUCCAGACGCCGGCGGGUAUGUCGCAGGCGAUUGUGUACUCUCUGCUGUCGAAGUGGGGGCAGGAGGGGUACCUCGACUGGCUGGUUGAGCUGCGCAAGGAGUACACGCACCGACGCAAUGUGUGCCUUGAUGCGCUGAGCAAGUACUUUAUCGAGCCGACAGGGUAUGCGCCCAAGGGACUGGGAGAGUACGUUGAGUGGAUUGGCCCGACCGCGGGUAUGUUUUUCUGGCUGAAGUUCAACGCGCGCAAGCACCCUUCGUUUGGCAAGCUUUCGCCGCUGGAGAUCGAGAGCAAGAUCUACGAGGCCGCGAUCGAGCACGGAGUGUUGUUCAUUCCGGGGUCAUGGUUCAGAGCGGACCAGGACCCGGUCGAUCCGAAGGUUAUUCCGGGCGAGGGCGAGGACGCGGACAUUUUCUUCCGCGGCACGUUUGCGACUGUGCCUGAGGCGCAGUUGAUUAGAGGUGUUGAGUUGUUUGCAGAGACUAUUGCGAAGGAGUUUGGCGCGGCGAACUAGAAAAGUUAAGAAGCUGUGGCUUGUUUUGGAUAUUGUAGAGAGGGGUGGAGAAGUAUAUGAUUGCUUAUAGAUGUAGAUAGCAGGUUGCGGUUUUCUUCUUGUACAUGAAUUGUGUAAUAAAUUCGCUUUGAAUCCGCAGUAGUUGAUAGAUUUAUGAUCAUCAUCAUCAUCAUCAUCAUCAUAGCAGCAGCUUUGAUAAAUAUAUCAUCGUCU